UAUACUGGCUGAUCGUCCCCGGUUGCCCUCUCUGUGUCGACCAUUCAAAAUCACUCCAUUGAAAUGCGCCAGUGAUAUCAAAUUUUUUUUAUUUUUAUUAUCAAAUUUAAGUAAAAUUUGAUAGAGAAUUUAAAAUAAAACUCCACUAUGUGAUAGAGAGAAACUCGAAGGCUAGAAGAAAGACGGAAAGUCAAAGCAGUGAGACAAUGACAACAAAUGGAGGAAAGCCACGAACACGAUCAUGAAUGUGAUCACCAGCCGCCACCAUCUCCGGGAGUGAGUCCAGACCAACUCAAGGACUGCAUACAAGAAUUACUCAAAUUCACACUGAAUGGAACCCUUGUUGGCCUCGACAUUGGGCUAUCGAAAGACUACUGUUCCAAUCUCCUCAAGGAUGACCCAGUUAGCCCUAAUCCCAAUAAUACCUCUCAUACUACUGGUUUUUCAGAAGGGGUUCCCACAUAUCCUUUAUACAAGCUUCUAGCAUCGGCUCUGUACCAUUCUAUAUCUUUUGCAACCUUCCAUAGACCAUAUGACACAAUGGCAUUGAUCCACGACGACACUUCUUUUAAGCAGAAGGAAGAUGAGUGGAUUGAAUUGGUUGUGGAAAAGGGAUCGGAAUUGCUAAAAGUACUGAAAAAUGUAGACUUUGAACUUCAUGUUCAAGAGCCUUUCUUUUCCCAGCUAAAAGAUGGCGUGAAAACAGUUGAAGGAAGAUGUGCUGUUGGUGACUAUAACAGGCCGAGCCCUUUGGACCCAACCCUACAAGCCAACCCAGGGGAGGAUGUCGAGGAACCCACCCCGCACCUCCCAAUUUCAGUCAAGGGCUAUAAAGAGGAUGUCUGCCGGUAUGCUUCAUUUUCUGAGAUGUUGGAAGCUGAGAGUCUAACAAAAGUCCUUCCUGGAGUAAAAGCCAUUGAAGAAGGUGUAGAAAUCUACCGGAAGUUCUAUUCGGAGGAGAAGGAAAGGUCAAAUGGUGUUCUUGCAAUUUGUGUUACAAAACCAGCUGCUCAGCCUUGUAUUUCUUUGGCCAGCAUUCUCUCAGGACUGAGUUAUGGGGGUCUCCAGAGGCUGCUGGGUUUUGUGCAUACUGUGGGAACAACUGUGGAGGCACUUCCACCACCAAGAUCAACUCUUCUCUCUUCUUUUCUGUUGCCACAUAAUCCAAAUGUUGAAAGCUCUACCUUGACUGAUGGAGCAAGGGCCUUGGCUAAGCAUGUAAAUAGGAGCAGCAGUAAAUGUUGGGGCACUUAUGGCGGGAGUGAUUCCAAUAAAAAUAAGCUUGCAAAGGAUGCCAUUAGUCACUUAAUAGCCCACUGUUGCUGGCAGAAUUUGCAUAUUGUUCCACCACAUGGGGUUGUCUAUGAGAUUAGGAUUGCUGAUGGUUAUGGUGCAAGGUGGUCUGAAGAUGGAACUAAGUUCAUAGGAUUCCUUGAGCCAUACAUGGAGGAUGGCCACUCAAAAGGAUGGAAGCACUAGCUUUACUCAUGCCUUCUAAUUCAACGCUAAGUGAGUGAUGAUCUAGUUAUUUUCUGAAAUUAAUAUAUUAUUAGUAUAUUAUAUAUGAAGGAAGAAUCUAAUUCAACAAUACUAUUACUGAGGAUGGAGCCAUAUAAGGUGUUGGGUUGCUACUUCGGAGAAUAAUUUUGAGGGAGCUAUGAUGAAUUUGAUGAUGACGUAUUGAUGAAGAUGAGAGUGAUUGGGAACUCUGCUCCAAAGAAUGAUGCUUUGGAAAGUAUAUCUUUGCAGGCCACUCUGUUUUAUGGGUUUCUAUCUGACAAAGAUUGCAUAAAAUUACGCAUUAAAUUUAAAAAGAAUCAAAUGCAGGUAAAAGAGUCAACAAGAAAGUUGCUCGGAUUUGCAUUUGAACAAGCUUUGAAUGAUCCAUCACAAUCAAUGCCUCCUCUAAUGAACAUUUAGUGUAUGUAAUUAUCUUGUGGAGAAUUGAUUGUUGAUCUGUUUACAAGAUUCUCCAAGGCAUAUAGCAUACGUAAGGAAAAGGACAAUUUCUGUUUUCUCACUUCAAUUAUUUAUGUUUUUUUGCUCACUUAAUGAUCGCUACAUCUUAUUCUUCUGGUAUUUUUAAUGGACGUACAUAAAAUAUAUUUAUCUAGAA